GUAGCAAAACGUCCUGGCCAAUCACAGCUCCGUGCGCUCUGAUGACGUACAAUGUGUGCGACUCGGCUAUCAACAUGCGGGAUGGAUGUGUUGACUGCAGCCAACGUGUGAAGUGAGAAACAAGUCGUUUUCAGCGCUGUAGCUGCCUAAAUAUUGGGUUUUUUUGGGGGGCAUUUUUCGUGAGCAAGAUGGCAAAUACCAACCUUCAGUUCAAAACAAAUUAUGCAGUUUCCAGCAAGAUUGAACCGUUUUACAAAGGAGGGAAAGUGCAGAUCAGCAAAGAUGAGAAACACGUCUUUUGCACCUGUGGCUCUCGUGUCAAUGUUUUGGAGAUCAGCACGGGGAAGAUUGUCCACAGUGUUGAGCAUGACGAUCAGGAGGACAUCACCUCUUUCGCACUCAGCUGUGACGAUGAGCUGCUGGUAACAGCCAGCAGGGCUCUGCUGCUGAAGCAGUGGGACUGGAGGCAAGCUCAGUGUACUCGCUCCUGGAGGGCCAUUCAUACUGUGCCUGUAGCCAGUAUGACCUUUGACUCCACCUCUACGCUCCUCGCCACAGGUGGCUGUGACGGCACCAUAAAGCUAUGGGAUGUGGUGAAGCAGUACUGCACUCAUAACCUGAAAGGGUCAUCUGGUGUUGUGCACCUGGUCCAGUUCCACCCAGACAUCAGCCGGCUACAGCUCUUCUCCUCCUCUCUGGACUGCGGUAUUCGGCUGUGGGACCUGCGCUCCAGUCAAUGUGUGUGCGUGCUGCAGAGCCACUACAGCGCCGUCACCUCCCUCUGCUUCAGCCGUGAUGGUGGCACCAUGGUCAGUUCUGGCAGAGAUAAGAUCUGUACAGUGUGGGACUUGAAGACUCGUAAAGCCAAGAGGACUGUACCUGUCUACGAGGCUGUGGAGGGUGUUGUGCUGCUGCCUGAGAAUAAAGAUUUCUCUCAGAUUGGAGUAAAGAGCAAAGACCUGCAUUUCAUCACAGCUGGCAGCAAAGGUGUGUUGAGAGUGUGGGAGGCCAGCACGGCGUGCUGUGUCUACACCCAGACCCUCCCAUCCACCCUCACCCCUGUUUCUGGGGAGGAGGAAGAGAAGGACGAUGACCCCCGCAGUCUAACGUACCUGCUUCACCUGCCCACCUCGUCCAGACUGGCCACAGUCACUGCAGAACACAACAUACUGCUCUACCAGCUGCCGGAACUCACCACACAGCAGCAGUUUGUGGGUUACAGCGAUGAGGUGCUGGACGUGAAGUUUCUUGGUAAAGGCGACAGUCACAUCGUGGUGGCCACUAACAGCUGCCAGCUGAAGGUGUUUGAGCUGCUCACCAACAGCUGCCAGAUCCUCUACGGACACACAGAUACUGUCCUGUCACUGGACGUGUUCAAAAAAGGCUUUCUCUUUGCAAGCUGUGCAAAGGACAGGUCAGUGCGUGUGUGGCAGAUGGACAGUGACAGUGGUCAGGUGCGAUGUGUGGCCCAGGGCUCCAGCCACACUAAUGCUGUGGGCUCCAUCACCUGCUCCAGGAUGAAAGCAUCUUUCGUAGUGUCUGGCAGUCAGGACUGCACCGUGAAGGUGUGGGAUCUACCAGGAGACUUGUCUAUGACAGGGGAAGACAUACAUCGGCUGACCGCCCGCAUCACAGAGAAGGCACAUGAUAAGGAUGUAAACAGUGUUGCGGUGUCGCCCAAUGACAAGCUGCUGGCCUCGGGCUCCCAGGAUCGGACCGCCAAGCUGUGGUCGCUGGCGGGGGAAGGGAACGUGGGCCUGCUUGGGGUUUUUCGGGGCCACCGUCGCGGCGUCUGGGCAGUCUGCUUCUCUCCUGUCGACCAGGUGCUGGCCACGUCCUCUGCAGACGGCACCACCAAACUCUGGAGCCUGCAAGACUUCAGCUGCCUCAAGACAUUUGAGGGGCACGAUGCAUCAGUUUUGAAGGUGAUUUUUGUGAGCCGAGGCACUCAGCUGCUCACCAGAUGUACAGAUGUGACUGAAGUGGAGCUGGCAGAGGAGCAGGCCAAACAGGAGGAUCAGAUACUCAAGCAGCAGGAGUUGUCCAACCUGCUCCACGAGAAGAAGUACCUUAAGGCCCUGGGUCUCGCCAUCCUGCUGGACCAGCCUCACACUGUACUCACUGUGGUCAAAGCGAUCCGUCAGGGGGAGGACAGCCGCCAGCUGUUGGAGAAGACACUACUGAAACUUCGACUGGAUCAGAAAGAGUCCCUCCUGCGCUACUGUGUGGUGUGGAACACCAACGCCAGAAACUGCCUGGAUGCCCAGGCUGUCCUCCAGGUGCUCCUCACACACUUGCAACCUGAGGAGCUGUUGCAGUACCAGGGUGCCCGAACACACCUGGAAGGACUCAUUCCAUACACAGAGAGACACAUGCAGAGGAUUGGGCAUUUGCUGCAGGCGUCCAUGUUCCUGAACUACAUGUGGCAGAAGAUGCGAGUGGCUGGAGCACCAUCCAGCAUGGGCCAAGAUGAAGAAAUGGACACCACUCCUCUUGCACAGACCCAGCCUUUCUUCGUGAUUGACAAGGAGAAAGGAAAGGGCAGUGGUGAGGAGAGGCGAGAUGGCGGGCAUGACAGCGAUAGCGGACAAGAUGAAGAUCCAAAUUGCCCCGCUGAAGAGGAGGAGGAGGAGGACGAUGAGGUCAGUGUGACCAAGAAAGCCUCUGCAAACAAUAGGAGAACCAAAAACAGUGCGAGCACCAAAACAAAUGGCAACCACCACUCUGAAAAUGAGGAGAGUUCAGAGGAAGAAGACGAGAACGAUCAAACUAAAACAGUGAAAUGUCUUCCAGUUUCUUCCGCCCCUCAGUGCCAGGCUUUCGCCAGCUGACAGGGAUGACCAAGCUGAACACAGAUGACUCACUCCUGAAGAAAAAAAACCCAGGAGGUCCUCUUAUCUCGGACCAUUAGCUGGAGCGACACACUGAAUGUGUGGCGGUGCAGGAAAAGACAGGUGUGGGAUGACGAUAGUACAGACAACAGGCCUCUCUAGCAUGAUUUCCUCAGCCACAAUGGACAGAAGGGAGGAAAAGAUGAGGAAGGGGAGAUGGAAGGAAGGAGGUGAAAAGAGCUGCAUAAACAGUCAGGCAGGGUUGAGCCAGUCUUAUCUUCCCUCAUAGCAAAUAUCAGCAACCAUUGUCUGGUUCUGCAAUGUUGCGUAGUCCUGAUCUACCGGCUCGACCACAACACAAAAGGCUUGUUAAAAUACCUUGCAUUUUUUUUUAUGUCAUGACUUCAAAUGUUUAUAAAAUAAAAAUUUGUUAUUUGUGAUUUAAAAUGAGUUAAAAAUGAAUUGUAUUUUGUGUUACAACAUGACUUUUUUUAAGUCGCCCAAGCAGCGGUCUGUAAAAUUUGAUCCAUCGGUCAUUCACAUGCUGAGUGAAUGCCUUGAAUAAAUUAAAAAAUUUCUGUGGGUAGUUUAUCACAUUUAGAUUUCCUCAUAUUUUAUUAAUGUUCGGGUAAGGCACAUGUAGCCUACUCUUCUCAAUCCAACCACUGGAAUAUAAAGUUUCACAAAAUGAUGACAGCUGAUUACACACUGUAUAGCACAUGACAAAAAUGCUUUUAUUUGUUCCAAGCAGAAUUUACAUGGUUUAAUCUGGGGUGUGUGUUCA